UUGGCAAAUCACACAUUCCGAAUAGGCCGAUAAAUGUGCUUUUCUAUUCGAUGUGAUUUCUUUACAAGUUUUGCUUGAGUCGGGAAAAGUACUUAGGGUGCGUUUGGGACCGUAGACAAAUUGUUCAACUUCUCGGUCGUUUAUAGAAUAUUGCCAAAAUAGCGCCACCAACGCCAACUAAACGUGUGAAGAUGUCGAAGGCAAGUAGCAGUGUUGUCAACGGCAGCAACUAUGAGACAUUGCAUCAAGGGCGCCUCAAUAUGUACAAAUCCAAGGUUGCUGUCGUCCUCGGAGCUCAAUGGGGCGAUGAGGGCAAAGGUAAAGUGGUUGACAUGCUGGCACUGGAAGUGGACAUCGUUUGCAGGUGUCAGGGAGGAAAUAAUGCUGGUCACACUGUUGUAGCUAAUGGCACAGAAUUUGAUUUUCACCUGCUUCCUAGUGGCAUUGUCAACGAGAAAUGUAUUUCUGUGAUCGGCAACGGCGUUGUCAUCCACUUGCCAUCACUUUUUGAAGAACUUUCCAAGAAUGAAGCAAAAGGCUUGCAAAAGCUUGAACAUCGCUUGAUUAUUUCCGAUCGUGCGCAUUUGGUAUUUGAUUUCCAUCAACUGGUUGAUGGCAUGCAGGAAGCAGAGAAGGGUGGCAAGUCGCUCGGCACCACCAAAAAGGGCAUUGGUCCGGCAUAUUCCAGCAAGGCUACACGUAAUGGCAUUCGUGUUGGUGAAUUGUUGGGCGACUUUAACCUAUUCACAGACAAAUUUAAAUCAAUUGUUGCAACUCAUUUGCGACUUUUUCCUUCGAUCAAAAUCGAUGUUGACGCUGAGAUAGCCAGGUACAAGGAGUAUGCGGAAAAGGUGCGUCCUUAUGUAAAGGACACAAUUUGUUUCUUACACACUGCAUUGCGGGAGGGGCAGAAGAUUUUAGUUGAGGGUGCCAAUGCCGCUAUGUUGGACAUUGAUUUUGGCACGUAUCCCUAUGUGACCAGCAGCAAUUGUAGUAUAGGUGGAGUUCUUACUGGUCUUGGUUUGCCACCUCAAACUAUUGGAGAGGUUAUUGGAGUAGUUAAGGCCUAUACGACACGUGUAGGCGACGGUCCGUUCCCUACCGAACAACUUAAUGAAUUCGGCGACCUGCUCCAAACUCGCGGCGCUGAAAUCGGUGUUACCACAAAGCGAAAACGUCGCUGUGGCUGGCUCGAUAUUCCGUUACUCAAAUAUACGUCGCUUGUGAACGGAUAUACGAGCAUUUGCCUGACAAAGCUUGAUAUUCUUGAUACUUUGCCAGAGAUUAAAGUGGCUGUGGCUUAUAAACGCGCUAAUGGGGAAACAUUAGAUCACUUCCCCGGCACUAUUGCUGAAUUGGCCGAGAUAGUUGUUGAAUACGCCACACUGCCGGGUUGGCAAGAAAGUACCGAAAAUAUCAGAAAUUUUAAGGAGUUGCCAGAAAAUGCACAAAAGUACGUACGCUUUCUAGAAAAGGAGCUGAAUGUGCCCGUACAAUGGGUAGGUGUCGGAAAAGGACGCGAGUCUAUCAUCAACAUCCAUUAAUCUUAAACUCCCAACGUGUAUUUUUGCGUUACUACAUAAUUGAUUCAGUUGCACAGAAACUUCGUUUGUACUUUAAUGAUUUUUAAGGAUUAUGUUAAUAAAUAUGUUUUAUUUGUUUUGAGUUUUAAUUCUAGAAAUUUUAAUGUAUAACUUCUAGCACACAAAUUCAAACCCAA